GGCGCGGCGCCCCCACGGCCGCACGCUCCCGCGAUAUGUGCCACUUGUACUAGUGCUGUGUUGUGUACCCUUUGUUAGGGGAAGUUUGAAAGUGUGGAUCACCUGUUUUGUUAAAUAGGAUUCCGAUGACGCCGCGAGCCACAUCGCCCAAACCCCGCCAUAAACAUGGCCACAAACAACCUUCCAUGUAAAACUAAGCAAUGGACGACAAAGUUAACAAUGCGGCUGUGCUCAGUGAAUUUACUAGCGGCCACCAUACUAGCGUGCUUACCUUACUCCACUUUAACUUUGCCGAGCGGGGACCCGGCACCAGGGCGCUCACCCGGCCCACCCGAAUCUGAACUUUAUGUUACUUUAGAUACAGUUGAGAAUGUAACCGAUAUGACCACAGAAAUGAGUGAAGAAGACGCAUGUGCCUUCGCGAGGAGUGAAAGAGAGGUAGUGACGUUGAGUGAGACGGAUAGUGAAGUGAAUUUGACGGUUGAGCAUGCGGUGUUCGAAACGGAGCAGCUUGUGAGGGGCGUCGUUUAUGAAGUCCACCUCCGUUUCGACGCCACUCUCCGCGACUACGCUCUCUACUCCAUCGUGGGUCCCUUCGUCCGAGGCAACUUUACCCCUACCUCCCCCCUCGAACGCUCUUGCCCCGACGACGCCCCCCACUUCGUACCCAAGCACAAGCACAAACGCCGUUUCAAUUCGAAAUUCGAACGCGAAACAAGUGACGGUCGAUUUGAAACAAGUGAAUUUGAAAGUGAUAAGUGGUCUAGUGUGUAUUUUAGACCACGUGUAGUGAAAAGUGUGAGGUAUAGAAGGAGGUUUGUGCCGGCUAGAGUACUGAGUGGGCCGUUAGGGGAGAGGGGGGAGGUGCUGUUGAUGUGGAGUGUUAGUGAAGCGGAGCGGUUGGGGGAGGAUGCUAGUGUUGUUUUUAGGUUACGCUAUAGGAAAAUAACGAGUGCCACCAUAUACCAAGUGUUCUUUACUAAAUAUUUAAGACUAGAUUGCGCGUUACACAUAAAAGGGCCGCGCGGGCGCGUCCACUCCGGCCAGCUCCCGCGCACGCACGGCUGCCGGCUCCUCCCGCCGCCCCCCACCCCCGGCCACGCCCUCCUCCUCGAACUUCAUAAGCUCAACGUCCCCUGUUCUACUGGCUUCAUACGCUUCGCCCCAAACACACCACCUUUAUGUGGAAAACUCGAACAAAUCCCAUCACCAAACAGAAAAUUCAUAUACCACGACUCCAAGAACUCUGUUGACCUCCACGGCCGACCUACGUUCGCCGUCGCUUACCGUCUAGUCGACCAUUGUCACGAUGUGUUGCUAACGGAGAGAAACGGCUCGUUCGAAGUCGGACCAACAAUCAAACUCUUCUGCUCCUAUAAAAUACAUCUUCCGUAUGGAAACAAAGUCGCGUUACGCUUACAAAUGGGCACGGGACCAAUCGCGGCUAAACAUGACUUGUCUAAUAUUAUUCAGGAGGAUUAUCAAGAGUUCUGCGAAGGGAUGGAGCUGAAUUUAGAAGACGGGGAUUCUAGAUGGAAACAUUGUUCGCAGCCUAAUGAUCCGCUGCGCUCAGUUCAAAUAAUUUCUGAAGGAAACUCAGUUAGACUUAACGUCAGUAUCUUAGCAAAAAGAAAUUCCUCAGCUAUGUGGUUGAAAGUGUGGUGGAUGGAUAAAGGUAUAGAGGAAGUGGUGGGGCACUGCGACUACGGGUGGGUGGUGUCUGAUGACUUCUGUGUGACGGCGGUGCGGGAGGCGAAGCGGGCGUGGAGGCAGGCCGAGGCGGAGUGUGUGCGGCUGGGCGGUCAUCUCGCUAGCGUGCUGAAUGAGAGGCAACAGCAUAUUUUGGACCAACUCCUUAUAAAUGCGCCCGGCGCGGGGGUGGAUGACGUGUACUGGAUCGGAGCUACUGACGCGGUCCAUGAGGGCGAGUUCCGAUGGUCGGACGGCCUGCCCUUCUCCUACUCACACUGGUUCCCCGGCUGGCGUAAGCACAGCAGCCAGCCCAACGACGACGGCACCUCUGGCCAGGACUGCGUGGAGGCCCGCCCCUCCCUCCCCCCUCGACCACCCCCGCUGGCGCCCACCUUCAAAUGGAACGACCGUGGCUGCAGGGAGCAUAACUACUUUGUGUGUGAGCGGCCCCACAACACAGACUCAUACAUCGCAACCACCAUCCAAUGUAACGAGACAAUCUUCCUCUCGCACCUCCGUCCGCACGCCACCGUCUCCUCCCCCGGCUUCCCCCGCCCCUACCCUGAUGACGUGGAAUGCAUCAGCGAGCUGCGUGCACCUCCUGCGCAUUCGCUGGUCAUACAUUUUGAGGAGCUGCUGACGGAACAUGAACCACAUUGCACCUACGAUUUCCUGGAGAUCACGGAAAUAGGAGAGAACGCUACAGAUGAAGAUUGGCAACAUGACCACCACGGCCUGUCCGCUGACAACGAGGUAUGGGAAGAAUCCGAGACCCUCCUCCCCGAAUCGGAUGCCAUCAGCGCGGGCUGGUUGCGCGAUGGCUUGCUGCCCUCACGGCGCCUGUGCGGUGAUUGGACGGCCAAGCUCAAGCUACUCCGCUACCGGUCGCGCGGGAACGCGCUGCGCAUACGCUUCCGCGCUGAUCAUGAGCGACAUCUAGCGGGGUUUAAGGCCAAAGUCGCUGUCGCUGACUCCCGAUCGUGCACGGACGUGAAGCAAGCGUUGUUCAACGGGUACUGUUACCUCUUCUCCGGCUACCCGCGGGUCUCGUGGGCUACCGCCAAACAAGUAUGUGAAGGCCUGAAUAUGCGGCUGUCAUCCGUCCACUCAGCCGAAGAAGAACGCUUCAUCGUCUCGGGGAUUCGGCAAAGCAGCGACUACAGCGCUGGAACAGUGUACUGGCUGGGCGCGAGAUCAGAAGAUGGUCACUGGGACAACUUCACCUGGAGCGAUGGAAGCACGGUCGGAUACCGAGGAUGGCAGCAGUACAACGAAUCAGAAGAGACGGAUGCCUGUUUGGGAGUUCAAUGGAGGUCAUCCCCAGUCCCAUCGCAGCCCAGCGGCCUUUUCUGGACGUUACACAAAUGUUCUGCCACGGGCGGCUACGUUUGCAAACGAAGACUCUCUGAGGUCAUCGUCAAAAACAGGACUGUGGAAGGGUCGUCAGGCACACUAACGAGUCCCGAGCAUCCAAACCUGUACGACAACGACCUGGACUACUGGGUGCACUUCGUCGGACCUCCUGACACCCGGCUCGUGUUCGUCUUCCAGCGGAUCGAUCUGGAGUACCAGAAAGACUGUCUCUACGACUAUGUCGAGUUACGGGAUACCCUCAACCUGAAGUCGUCGCGAUACUGCGGAACCAUCGGGGAGACGAGAAUGGUCGCUUCCAGCAACAAGGCCGUGCUGCACUUUCACUCUGAUUAUAACACUCAAGCAACGGGGUUUUCCCUAAUCUGGCAGGCGGUAGAGCUGGUGGGGUGUCCAUCGCAAACCUUCACGUCGAAAGAGGGCGUGCUACGCAGCCCGCACUUUCCAAAUUUUCUGCUGCCUGACUUAGACUGCACCGUUGAUAUCUUAGCUCCUACAGGCAAACGGGUCUUCCUAAACAUCACCUACCUCGACUUCGGCUACGGCACCUUCGAGAAGGGACUCCCGUCCAACCUCACGGACACCACAGACCCCGACUCCUUCCUUGAAGUCCAAGUGGACCUCCAGGACCAGCCCAUUAGACCGUUCCUCAACCCUGAUGUGUUUACGAGUGGGCUGUUCGUGUCCGAGGCAGAGGUGAUGCGAGUGAGGUUCAAGACGGGGAGGAAUGUUAGUGGGAAGGGGUUUCAGGCUUACUUUAAAACUGUGGGCACAGUAAACGUGACACACACCCUUGAGCUCCUCCACGUGCGCUCAGGCCGACUGUCAGCACCUAACUGGCCUCGCGCGCCACCGCCGCGGUUUACGCUGCGCACGCGACUUAUCGCGCCCCAUGGUCAUACGUUAUCUGUGGCCUUUGCGAAGACGAUGCUUGCUAGCGGAGAGGAACCAUGGCCUUGUGGGGAGGGAAGCGGGUGGAUUGAGGUGAAAGACAGCUACACUGAUAAUAACGGUACGCAGUGGACGCUCUGCGAAGCGGACAGAGCGAAGCGAAGAACAGAAACGCCACUCGUCAUCAACAGUUACUUGCACUCGCUGACAGUGACCCAAUGUGCGGGGGUGAAUGGGGUCCACAUGGAUGUUGCGUUGCUGGUUAAUAAAGAUCCAGAGUACCACAGUAAAAUUCUACUGCUCUCCGAAGGCGAAGAAACGAACAUUGAGUCCUGCUACCCAAACCCUUGCCUACACGAUGGAUUUUGCGCUACUGAUGAUACGAAGAACUUUUGUCAGUGCGCUGGAUACUAUACAGGCAUGUUCUGCCUUCUAAACGCGUGCGAGCGGUCGCCCUGCGUAUUCGGCAACUGCACGCUCUCCGAGGAGUCGUUCUCGUGCUCGUGCGCGCGCGGCUGGCGCGGGCGGCGCUGCGCCGAGCGCGUGCGCCCGUGCGCCGCCAAGCCCUGCAACAACAGGGGGGCGUGCAGUGAGAGGGACGGGGGGUUCAUGUGCCAGUGUAAUCCAUCGUGGAAGGGGAAGAGAUGCGAAAUCCCAAACCCGACCCCAAAAAUCGUGAGCCUCGGCGCUCGUAUGAUCCAGGAGCCAUUCUGGCUGGGUCUGAUCGCCGUCUUCGUGGUCCUCGGAGCCAUCGGCCUGGUGUGGUGCGCGAAGCGACACUUCCCUGAGAAGAUUGAGAAGUUGCUGGCUGAGGAGGCUGAUCGGUGCGCGAGACCGCGGCCGGAGCCCCGGACGCUGCUGACCCGGCUCGGGAUCCGGAAGCCGUCCGUGUCCGCGCCGCACCAGCGCGUCCGCGCCGCGAGGACGUUUAGCUUGGACGAUCUGUUAAAGCCGCCGCCAGGACCGUCCCCCUCGCCGCGUAAGAAACGAAAUAAUUCAACGCCAACGAAGAAAAACGCAGCAGAAAAGAAGCAGAUACUUCAACAGCUCAUAAGUCCCGCUACAGCCAACGAGCACUCCAAGAAAAUUUGCAUGGGAGAGCUAAUACAAAUGUCAGAGAAAAGGACUUUAAGUACUGUUGAAAGCGCGCCAGCAUUUAUGGAAUUUAGUGAGAAUAAAGAAACAUCAUUUGCUAGUGAGGCUUCAACGCCUUCAACAUCGCCAUCGACUAGACACAUAUCAGAUCCAAAGUUAGAAAAGAAAGUGACAUUCGCGAGACUUCUUAAUAGGGUGUCAGCAGAAAUGAGCUCAAGCUCCGACGCGGAUAUGAUGAACACGAUAGCGAUUCCGAUGGCCGUCAUAUCGGAUAGAGGGAUGAGGGCGAAGGCGUCGAGUACGCCGCCUUCGCCGGGGGUGGAAAUGCGGUCACCGCAUAGCACGUCCAGCAACCAGGGGAGUGAUUCCAUGUCGAGUUUGGAUCUGACGUUAGCGCAUGCUGCUUUAAAAAAGUACUCAAGAACCCCAAAAAUCUCAAGCGCUGACUCCAUUUUCGCGAUGUUCCGCAACUUCUCCACCUCGGCCGCCAUCAUCUCCCGCGCCUCCUCCGGCGGGAUCUCGGCGUCGAGCACGCCGACGGCGUCGUCGCCUCAGGACGACACUGUGGACGCCGACGACGUGUCUCUCGCGUCGUCGCUCGUGCCCUCGCUCGCGCCGGACUCGCCGAUCGCGAGGCCGCAUAAUACUAUUGAGAUACAGGUCCUAGACCCGUUAAGCGCCCACAAAUCCUCAGGCUCCGGCAGCAACCUCCUCCACCCCCCUUCCAUCCUCCUAGAAGUCCCUUCGACCAUCAACAAGUGCCUCUCGCCCAUCCGCGAACUGCCAACACCUUUACCUACUCCGCUACCUACUCCUUUGCCUACUCCGCUGCCAUCUCCUAGAAUGCCGAAGAAGAUGGAGUUAGAUAAUAAUGAGAUCAGGUGUAUGUCGCCGAGUGAGGAUGAAGAUGAGAUUCGGUUAGAGAAGCCGGAGAGGCCGACGUCUGGGUUGCGAUUGAAGCUCCGCCAACCUGCGUUCAGCAGCGACACCCCCACACCCUCCACCUACGUGACAGACUCACCCAGCCCCAGCUUCACCCACAGCCAAGACUCAGAACGGGAAAUGUCCUCCCCAUCCCCUGCACCAGCAUCCCUCCGAGUCCCAGUCUUAACCAUCGAACGACCAUCCCCAGGCUCCCCACCUCCUAGGAGAACACCGCCCCAUCUAGAGUUCCAACCUCCUCCUUUGAUAACAGUCACUUACAACGCCAGCGAAGAAUCCGACGAACCUUUAUCACCAAGACCACCACCUCCAACAAUGAACAUGUGCUACCUCAGCCCAUUCUCAAUGUCUGCAAGAGGAGAACGAGCUCCGUCAGAGUCCAAUCUUUCCUCAUCUGGGUAUAGCUCCAUGGCUAGUCCAGGACCAUCGAGAUGUGGCUCAAGUAAUCCUUUAUGCCCGUCUGAAAUGGAAGAUCCUGGCUCAGGUGGGGGACCGUCCUGUUUUCAAAGAAGACGGCCGUUAAUGAAAACCAAUUCGAGUCCAGCAUCGUCGAAUGAUGACUCCAAGGAACGGAGACGAGGACGAUCCGACUCAGAGACGCUCUCAGACGAUCCUUUGCUAGAAUCUAAUGACGAAGGCAUAGGAACAGAUGAAAGGGUAGACGAUGUACCGUCCAGUGCUAAAGAAAUGGAGACCUUAGUAGUUUUAAAAGAACUAGACGUGCCUCAAACGUUAUGUUCUCCCAGUGGCGUGACUAAAUGCUCAAUCGUCAAAUGCUUGAGCGUAGAAAGAGGGUUAGAUGAAAAAGCGAGUCUACGACCACCAACAUUGCUUACUGAUCUUACCAGGCCUUUAAGCCCUGUAAGUUCCCGAAGCGAAUCACCCUUAAGCGACAAGGCAAGCUUAGGUCGCUUCUCACCUCUGUUCUACGGGAGACAAUUACCUUUUACCGAUUCUGAUGGACUGUACGACUUUCCAAGUUCAGAGUGUGUGAAAGGGACAAAUUGUAAAUUAGGUACAAACACACAGAAGAAGUCUGGGAGGAAACGAGACAGAAGAACGACAAGGACUGUGUCGCAUGAAGCGACGGGUACGACUAAAUCAGCACUGCCACAUAUGCCGCAUUCCAUGCAUAAUCUAUUAGAAGUGCCGGGCGCGCGCGACGGGGGCCGCGGGCGCAAGGCGGGGCGCCGGCGCUCGCGCUCGCAGGCCCCGGCGCCGCCGUCCUCCUCGUCCUCCGAGGACUCGGUGUCCGCGGCCUCGGUGGCCUCCGUGGCCUCCGCGAGGGAAUUAAGGUUGCCGCCUGAUUUGGAUAUGCAGCCAAGUGAGCCGACUAGGUUGAGAAAACCGCUCAGAAGACAGAAAUGCCGUAGUUCCGAGGUGAUCUAUGAAGAUACAUCAUCCAAAAUCUCAUCAAGUCUCGAUUUAACGGAGGACUCCCGAAAACCUGUCAAAGUUAAUAAACUAAGGACCAUCAGCAACCAAAUUAGAUUCCUUCGACGUUUAGAGAGAAGCUUGAAAAUGAAAGAAAGCUAUCCUGCGUUAUCAGAUGAUGAAGGCGAUGAAUCUUCAAGCGUAACCUCACCUCUAUUACAAGGUCGGAAGGACCUAAAUCGAAUGCCGACACACGCGAUAUCAGCACCUCUAUUAGGCCCCGGGAGGCCUAAAAUCGCCCGACAGAGGCGAUACGACCGAUCUUUGUUAAGUGAAGAUACUAGGAUACUAAGUACAGCAACAUGCCAUGAUAAUUCCGAUUGAAAAUGAACUCUGUGUUUACGUGAAUAAAGUGCAGUUUUGCUUUAGCAAUAGGAGUGCGUUACGGUGAAAGUUUGAAUUAUUGCGUACUCGGCAAUGUCCAAGUUUUUGACAGCUGUCUGGUGACACUUGAGUAUACAAAAUUCUAAUAUAAUGUGAUAUAAUUAUAAUGUAAUGAUUCUUCAGGAGUGUUGACGAUUUUAACAAUUAGUAGGUACUAAAUAUAGAUAAUCAUCGUGUAGAGGUUUCGUUUUCCUCAGUUCCACUUUUGAUGUCUUGAACUUAUACGUGAUUCUUACUGUAAAUAAUUGUCUUAUAGCAAUAACCUAUUAUAAGGGUGUAUGUUCAUCCGUGUAGUUGAUAUAGACAUUAAUACUUACUUGGUGUUUUUUUAUUCAUUAGUAAAGGGCUAGUCUUAUUUAGAUAUAGGUAAUAUUAAUUUUAUCUUAUUUUUUAAUGUUUCGCUAAAUAUAAUUUCCAGGUCGUUAGAUUAUUGACUAUGUAAAAUGCUUUUGUAAAUGUAUUAUACGUAUUGCUCAAAUGCAUAUUUUGUGAGAUCGUUUUUGCGCACUUUUUGCUGUUAUGUAUAUACAUUUAAUAUAAGUGUUGUAAAUAUGGGGAUUUCGAGAGAAAUGUAAAUAAUUUGACACAGUUAGACGAAAGAAAGGUACCAAGUUAACGGUAUACUGUGCACAAUUACUAAUAUACAAACGUAAUCUCAAACGUAUAUUGUGUAUUACUACGUUAAGUACAUUUAAGUAUAGCUACAUUUAGUACCUUUAAUAUUUACAGACGCACCAAUAGAAUAGAUAACGCAAUAAUGUCUAGUUAGGUACCUUAUAAAUGUUAUUCAAUAUUCAUUUAUUUUAGUUGGAACGAAAUUUUUCACAAAAGUAGUAUAGCCGUAAUUUCCCAUGUAUAAGCCAUAUUUAUUGGAGUCACAAGUUUGAAGCUAGUCUAGAUUCCUACACUUAAACAGCUAAGCAUUUAAAAUACUGGCUCGUAAUUUGAUAGCAAAAGUCCGUAGUGCAUUUUCUAAAUUAUUUUAUCCAAAAAACCAAGAAAAAAAAGUGAUUAGCGUAUCCAUUAUCAUAGCGAGGCCAUGAUAGACAGCAUGUAAGCCUUAACUCUAAAGUAAAACAUAAAAUAAUUUGUUACAAUCCACAUGACAUGACAAUUUAUCUCGACAAAAUGUCAAUGAGAACACCGAAAAACUUCUUACUCAGUUCAUGUGAGUUGUCAUAUUUAUUAGCCCUAAAAUUGUUUUAUAUACUCGUAGUGAAAAUUCUGUUACUAGACCCGAUUAGCGCAAAACUAAAAGCCUAAAUAGACCAGUAGUGUACCCUAUACCUUUGAAAUGACAGUUGAUUGACUUAAUCAUCAUGUAUCUAUUUUAGACGUUUUUGUAAGUGUUUUCCUUUCCUUAUUGAAGAAGAAAAGGUAUCGACCUUUACGAUUAGGUACUCAAAAUAUUUAAAAAAUGCCGGCA